UUCUAACAAGUUCUCCAACUGAAAUAACGGGAAAUUAGUGGUACACCUUCAUGGACCAUACACCACUUUCUCUCUCUUUUCUCUCUCUCUCCUCUAUUCAGCGUUUCAAAAUUUUCAAAAUUCUGUUGGACAAACCGCAUCCGUAGCGAACUUCCCAACUUCCCAAACCCACGAAAGAAGAAAAUAAAAGGCAACAUUCAUUCAAUUCCCCAGUUUCAACGAUAGAUUCUUCACAGAAGAAAAAAGCGAAGUUGAAAUUCUUUGCAUUACUUGCAAAUUCCCAACAGGGUUCCCAUCACUUUCUUCUCUCAGUGUCUCCAUUUCUCUGAAGUUUCCAAUGACCCUGUGAAAACUUUUAUGUAUAAUGGUGGUGGGUGUGGCGGUGGAUUUUGAGGGCGCAUAAAAAUGGAUGAUGGUGCGACCCCUCUUACUGCCAUAGCCGAGUCCUUCGAAGGGCUUGCCAAAUUAGUAAAUUCUUUGAAAGAUUCCUCUCAAGAACUCCGAUUGGAUACGCUUUGUGAUGCUUGUUCUCUCGUUUCUGUACUUUUCAGUUCUCUUGGCCUUGCCUUCAAAUUCGCUGAGUUAGAGUACGUCUCCAAGGUGCGUGAUCUUGUGGAAGCUUCCAAGAAGCACGAGACAUUGCAUACAAUACUUGAUGCUGAUAUUGCAAAUGAUACAGUAAAAACGCCCGGAAGCCAUACUCGCAAUCUGCGUCGAGUUCGGCAAGGAUUGGACCUUGUUAGAGCUCUGUUUGAACAGUUCAUGUCCACUGAUGAAUACUCGUUAAGGGAAGCUGCCUCAACAGCUUAUACCCAAGUUUGUGCACCCUACCACAGCUGGACAGUUAGAACAGCCGUUUCUGCUGGAAUGUAUACUCUUCCAACAAGGGAGCAGCUUCUAAUAAAGCUUAACGAGACCAAUCAGUCGGCACAGAAGAAAAUGAGAAGGUAUAUCGAUGCUUCGGGUCCAGUUAUAGAAUAUAUUGACAAGCUUUACAUUUCUAGGAAGAUCACCUUGGACUGGUGACUUUUCACCUCCUGUAGACAAUUGAUUCUUCACUAAUCCUGUCUAAGCAAAGCAGCUCAUCUCAACAGAGUUGGUAACAAAAAAAAGGUUGAAGGAUAUGAUUUCAACAUAACUAUUGUCCUUUGAAAUACACAUUUUGUUUAGUGUUAUUGUCUGUAUAUAUAUAUUUGAAUUCAUAACAUGUCAGAUUGUAUCUGAAUAUCGGACAAAUCAUCCUAAAAGGUCACAGUACCUUUCAAUUUGAGUAUAAAGCAAAAGGGAAAAGAUGGUGAAUUUUGGAUAA